CCCCCAAGAACACUCUCCCUUUAUGGGGAAAAAAAAAAAAAAAAAAAUCUACAAAAGGAUCAAUAAUAUUCAAACACAGUUUUUGCUAUAAAAGCUGUAGUUAUUUUCAUUCAGAGGAACAAACAGACAAAUGGGUUCCUCAAGAUUGCUAAUUUUCUUCAUUCUUCCUAUACUCUUGGUCUUGGACCCUCUUGCUCCUGCCAUAGCGGAUGACCAAAACAGCCACACUGUUUGCACGGAGAAAGCAGACUACUGCUGGAGCUGCUCCAAUGCUAACAACACCAUCAAUGGCAGCAUCUACAAACAAAAUCUCAACUCCCUCCUCUCCUCUUUCCCUUCCAACGCCCAAAUCAAUUCCAGGUUUUACAAUUUUUCUCUGGGACAAGCCCCCAACACAGGGAACGCAAUUGCCGUAUGCAGAGGGGACGUUGCACCCAAAGAUUGCCUCACCUGUUUCAGAGACUCUGUUUCUAUUCUCCUGCAGAACUGUACCAGUACUAAUGAGCAGGAAGCAAUCAUAUGGGCAGAGCGCUGUACGGUUCGAUACUCGACCGUCUCGAUUUUGGGUGUGCUUGAAGAUGAGCCUGUUCUGCGUUUGAACAGCCCACGUAACGCAUCAAACGCUGAACUUUACAAUCAGGUGCUUAACCCCUUAUUUAAAAAUUUAAGUGAGAAAGCUGCAGCAGGGGACUCUCUUUCAAAAUUUGCAGCAGGGCAUGCGCUGGUGCCUGUAACAAAUCAAACUAUAUAUGCAACUGUCCAGUGCAGCCCUGAUUUGGACAAACAAAACUGCAGCAAUUGCCUUGAAGAGUCCAUCUCAGAUAUUCGAAAGUGUUGUGGUGGUCUGGAAGGAGCAAGAGUUCUUAAACCCAGCUGUUAUUUGAGGUUUGAGUCCAAUCCUUUCUAUGAGCCUGGAGCAGAUACCCUAAUAAACCUUCCAGGCGAACAAGGAAAUAAUACAAGUGGAAAUAAGCCGAGUAACAUUACAACAAAAGUGUCGCCACCGUCGUUCUUUCGAUUGGUAUUGUCAUUGUGCUUAUUAUCAGCAUUUGCAUUCUUGUGAGAGUUUGGAAGCUAAGAAGAGGAAGAAAGUUCAUUCAAUUUUGUUUGAUUACAAAUUGGAAUUUAAUAAGGGCACUUUUUGUUUGUAAGUGCUUGAAUUUGUCAAGGCCCAUGUAAUAAAGAUUACUGCUCUUUUUCUUUUCUUUUUUUUUUUUUUUUAAAUAAUAAGAAUAAGGAUUAUUCUAUGGUA